CGCUCUUCAGAGAAAUGGCUAUAAAUGUCAUACCCUAACUCAAAUCAGUCCAUCGCUUAUAUGCUCAAAAUCAGAGUAAUAUCUGCAGGUCCAUCGAGGAGCAUCAUCAGCAAACCAAGACUAUGACAAAGAAAAAGGUGGUGGUCAAGGUGUCCAUGAACGGUAGGAACCAGAAGUUCCCACUCUUCCCAAAUUUUAGAAGGCAAGGUAAUCGCCAGAAGGCCCUUCAAAUUGCAACUGCCGUUCCUGGUAAUAUAAGCAAUUUACUUUCAGGGCUGUCCACAAGAAAGAUUCAAAAGAAUUUCUUGAAAAGGUUCCAAUCGGUGAUCCUUAAAGGAGCUGACCAAGACGUGAUUGAAGUAACGGGGGAGGGAGUCGACGCGGUCGACCUCACCAUUACGCUUCACAAGCGUGUGGGUUAUGCGAAUUUGGAGAUGGUGAACGAAGUUAAAGAGGAGAAGAAGCCCGAGAAGGACGAGCAACCCAAGCCGGCGGAGCCGCCGGUUGUCUGGUCGUAUCCGACGUACGUUGUGACAGAACCAACGGAACCCCAAUCGGCUUGUUGCCCCGUCAUGUAAUGCGCCCUCCCUCUCGAUCGAUCUACGCCAUGUGAUAUUUGGGAAUGGUUUCCUGAUCACCAUUUUCUCUUUGCCUUAUGUUUAAGCCUUUAGAAAAUGGUAAUUGUGUUUAGAUUGGGCGAUGAAAUUUAUAAUGACUGAUGUUACAAAUUGAAAGUGACAGUUAC